AUGCUCCAAGAGUCAUCCCAGGCCGGCCAGGUCGUCGUGCGGAGAAUCGACGACCUGGAUUUCCAGGUUGUGAUUGUUCGAGUCCACAGUGAUGCCGUGGACGUGCUAUACUUGGACGACGGCAAGGUAGAGCCGGGCGUGCCAGCGGACGAAAUAGAUUGGCAAUCCAGCGAUGGAAGGAGGCUAUCCGCGGACCAUCCUUUCUUCCAGGCGGCCCUGGAGAAAGUAGAGGAGAUGGAAGCCAUGACGGCCGCCACGACGAGUGGCAUGCGCUGGGAGCAAGGUCGAUUCCAGGAAGAGGACGGUGCUGUGGUUCUGGCCAGCUGCGUCUCUGUCCUUACGCCGCAGGCGGUGAAGGAUUGGGACUCGGACGCUGCAGCGCAAGCCUGCGGGGCGGGCUUGCGAGGAGUCAGAAGCUUGCGCAAGAAGAUGGAGGCAGAAGUCCCGGCAGUAGCCACGGCUUGA